AACCCUAUACAUCCAUGGCCAUACAAAGCUGGAUUUCAUGGUCUGGCAUACUGCAAUUGAAAAAGCAGCAGGUACAGAUGGUAAUGCAUUACAAGAUCAGCAGCUCAGCAAAAAUGAUGUUCCUAUUAUAGUGAACAGCUGUAUAGCAUUUGUUACACAGUAUGGUUUAGGUAGCAAGCAGAUCUACCUUAAGAAUGGCAAUUCCUCCAAUGUGGCUGAACUGCUGGAAAGCUUCAAAAAAGAUGCGAGGAGUGUUAAACUAAGAGCAGGAAAACAUCAGCUUGAAGAUGUGACUGAUGUAUUGAAAAGUUUUCUUUCGCAAAUAGAUGAUGCGCUUCUCACUAAAGAACUUUAUCCAUUCUGGAUCUCUGCAUUAGAUACACAGAAUGAAAAGGAACGGGUGAGGAAGUAUGGAGCUUUUAUUCGGACGCUUCCACCAGUCAAUAGGGCAACUUUGGCUGCUUUAAUUGAACAUCUUUACAGGGUGCAGAAGUGUUCUGAAAUCAAUCAUAUGAACCCUCACAAUCUAGCCAUGGUCUUUUCCUCAUGCUUAUUUCAAACUAAAGGCCAAACUAGUGAAGAAGUCAAUGUAAUUGAAGAUCUAAUUAAAAAUUAUGUACAAAUUUUUGAUGUAAAUGAAGACCAGGUUAAACAAAUGGAUAUAGAGAACAGCUUUAUUACCAGGUGGAAAGACACUCAGGUUUCUCAGGCUGGAGAUUUGCUUAUUGAAGCUUACGUGGAAAGAAAGGAGCCAGACUGUAGUAUUAUAAUCAGGGUAUCACCUUUGAUGGAAGCAGAAGAAUUAACUAAUGAUGUUUUAGGAAUCAAGAACAUUAUUCCCAACAAAGAUGAUAUCUGGGCUGCUUUUGAAGUACUUGAAAAUGGAGAACUGGAGCGUCCUCUGCAUUAUACAGAGAAUGUACUAGAACAAGUUCUUCACUGGAGUUCACUACCAGAGCCUGGCACUGCAUAUCUGAUAAUAAAGAGAUUUCUAACAGCAGACAUGCUAAAACACUAUAGUG